AUGGCCUCUAGCGUAUUUUCGGCCAUACGAUAUUAUCUCAUAGACAGUGACGAUGAUAAGAUCGUCGGUGAUUUGAAAGCUCUUGGUGCUCUGAAGCAUCCAAUCCUCUCAGACAGUGUCAAGUUUGCAAUAAGCGAUAAUGGGGAAGCGGGUGAAGUGGGGGAGGCUGAGGACCUUUACGCUGUUCCUGUCGUGACUGUCAGUCUUGGUUUUAACGUUAUUGUUCGUUUAGUCUCAGUGGGUUCGCCACUCCCUCUCCAAAAACUCCUUUCUACCUUCUUAUAUGAGCGUUGCAAAACACACUUUCCUAAUGUCAAGAUGGUGUCGCCGGAUUGGGUUAUUGAGUGUGUAAGGGCUCAGGAGUUGCUUGACUGCGAAAAAUACAACGUCGAGCUUCUAAUAAAGCUUACUCUUCCAAAGCCUCCAAUUAUGCCAAAGCCAGCGGUAGCUCCCGUCCAGUUUGUUGAGCAGUCAUCGCAAAAUUUGGCCCCGCAAAUAGGAGGAAUUGGAACAUCAGUCCCUGCCAUUAGCACUUCGUUAGAAAACGCUUCUGGUAAUUUGGCAUCUCGAAUAAUAUCCACAAAUACCGGCUUGGUCGGAUUUGCUUCUGGCAGUUUACCUGUUGUCUCACAGCCUCAAGUGUCAACUACUUUUCACCAACAGCUUCAUCACGCCCCUGAGCCGAAACCGGCUAAAAGUUCAGGCAAGAGUAAAGUCAAUAAACACCCCAGUGAACAGGGCUUGAACGAAGAGCAGAAGCAUGCUAUUGUCAUGCAAAAUGUUAAGAAUAUACUCAGUCAGCAGGCCAAUUGGAAUAAAGACAACUCGCAAAAUCGUGGCGAAAAUGGACAGAUGCCGGGUACUUUCCUGCCCACAGGCUCUACUCCCAUAGCCACUGGUGGAACACAGAGGAAGCCCAAAUCUCCUAAGUCACCAGCCAAUCGUGGUGCCAGUCAGGCUGGCGGCGCAGGGGUUGGGACCUCCAUAUCAAAGGCGGGCACUGGAGGUCAAAAGACGUCCAAAGGCAGUGUAAAGCGCACUGAGCUGGCGGAGAUUGCAGUCGCGCCAGUCGCCUCGCUUGGUCAGCCACAACAGUUUACAACGGUGACUGUGGAUGCCUCUGGGGGAGCGACUCAACUCUUCCCACACUCUACAACAGCAACUGUUUUAGUCGCAACAGCUAAUCCCGGAGUAGCUCAAAUGACUGGCACGCCGCGAAUGCCAUCCACUUCGCAGCAAAAUGGUGCCAUUCAACAGACUCCUGCCUUCCUGCUUCAACAGCAGCAGCAUCAGCAGUAUCAACAACAGGCUCUAAUAGCCGCUCAGAACCAGUUUCAGAAGGGGAGGAUGGCCUCCGUCGGAACACCUCAGCAGGUGCAGGUGUCUCCAUUGUUGUUGCAGGGUGCACAGGCCACACCCGGUCAGCCCAGAACAGCCACUUUUAUUGUUCGAGCACCCUCAGCCCCGGACCUUCAAUUGGGACAAACUGUAACCACAACAGAGAACGUUCAGGCCCUUCUGGAGGGCUCCACAAGUAAGGAGGGCUUGCCUCCAACUGCUACGCAGCAAGUGCUUUUGCAGCCAGGACAAACUCCGCAGCAGCAGCAGCUCAUUCAACUGCAACAUCAGCAGCAGCAACAACAAAAACGCGUUCCUUCACCCUCAGGCAGUGGUGGCGUGCUCUCUCCUGUCUUUAUUCAGGGUAGACAGCCCCAACCACAGCAGUAUAAGCAGACAUCAGGGCAAAUGCAGAUACAAGUGGCAGGUUUGCAAACUCAACAACAACAACAACAGCAACAACCAACCAUUAGGCCCCAGCCGCCACGUACAGCUCAAACUGUAAGACAGGCGUUACCUCCCAAUCAUCAGGGCCAACAACAGUAUGCACAGCUGGCUCAACAAGUGAAAUCUAAUCCACAACAGCACUCUCAUCAACUCGGGCAGCAGCAGAUAAUUAUUCAGACGUCUGUUGGGGUACAGCAGGUCAAUGCUCAGUACAUCGGAGCCGGUGGAGCGCAGAUGCGAGCAGUUGCGAGCUCCAGUUCCGCGGUCCAAUGUGCAUCGCCUCGACCUCCAAGUAUUGUUGGGUCGCCUGUAUACACCCAAGCACAGCAAGCCUUGACAAGCAAUGGCUCUGCCUCCUCCAUUCUCUAUCACAGCUCUACGACUCCGGCAACUGCUGGCGUUCCCACAGACCCCUGCUCUGCCACUGGCAAUCAACAAGAACGCGUCGCAUACGUAGCUUCCACACAACAACAGAAUCAGACGCAGCCUGUUGGUGGAAGACUUCAGCCGGCAGUUGUACAGGGUCAGCAAAUACCACAGCAGCAGCAGCAGACAGUGAUCGGUGUGUCUGCCGCAAGAUCCGUAAUGAGUGUAGCAGGUGCGCAGGCAUCAAUCAUUCAGACUCAGCAUCCUCAGUCUCAGCAAGCAGUGUCCAUUCAACAAGGGCAGUUUUAUGGUCAAACGCAACCUCAGACGCAACCACAGCAGCAGCAACACAGAAUUAUCGUACAGUCACCCCACGUGUCGGCGUCGGCCCAAGUUGCUUCAACUCAGCAGCAUUGCAUGGUUUCGCAAAGUCAACUUCAGGGUCAUAUACCACAAGGAGGCGGCAACUUUAUUCAACAGCGGCAGAUGCUACUGCAGCCCCAGCAGGUGUCUUCUGCAGGCCACCCGGUGCAGGGCGCCCAUGCCGCUGUCACCCAGCCGUUGGCUCCCAGUGCCCGUGCCUCGGUGAACGCAACCUCGCAGAUUCGACACAUGAUGGCUGCUGCGGCGGUGCAGCAGCGCCACAUGGUGCCCCCGUCCUCCCAUUACCGCAGUGGGGGGAUGUUGCCCACUCGACCCUCUGCUGCGGCUGUCGGCUGUGGCUAUAGCCCCUCUAUUCUGCGAACCCAACAGCAGCAGCAGCAACUGAACGCUGCCGCGGUUGCCACUGCCACGGGGAUGCAGCAGCCAGUGCCCGCACAGCAGUCUGUUCCGUCAAUCCCUCCCGCCUUCCAACUUCCCGUCUUUCGCGGGCACGUGGGCUACUCCUGUCCCACAGCUGCGCAGGAUUGCCUCAUUGGCUGUGUUAUGCUCAUCGUUGGCUACCAAUCCUUUGGUGAGGCUCGCAAAUCCCUCUGGAAAAAAAUCAUUCGCUCCUAUGGAAUUGAGCUAGAAACUGUCACACGCUCGAUCGGCAAUUCCACUACGAGUCCACUCCGAUUACUAGAUAGCUGUAAGUCAUGUUCAACGUCGUUACAAGUAUCCGAUGAGCCCUCUCCUGUUACUGAUACUGCACGUCUUCUUUGCGGCAGUGAAUUAGAGGAUUCUCCGAGUCCUGUAAAUACAACAAGUACAGAAAUACUCAUAAUGAACGAUUCCUCUAACUCUUUUCCGUCCUCUAGUCCUUCUCCUACAGUGGGGGAUAAAGCUUUAACCUUUUCUGGAGCAGUCAAGAACGUCCUUAUUCGAGAAAAGUUUCAGUGCCCUGAGCUACUGUACCGAACCAAUCAUAAAGUUGUUCAACGCUUUUUGGUUCGAGAUCUGUGCAGUCUGUCCGAACAGAUGCACGACAGGCGGCUGGUUGCCACACUGCUUCGUUACAGGGAGGCCAGAGUUGAAUUAAUGGCCUGCUGUCAGGAGAAAAGUCCUUGGGCCAUCCGGGAUCGGAAGCGAUUGGUGACGAUCUACUGGCUGAAUGAUAUCUUAGCCAAGGGUAAACUAGUCCCUCCCUACGAGAUCAUCCACCUUCCCUCUGCGUUUGCUCCAGGUGUCAGUUUCUCCUUCAUCCGAUCUCAAGACAUUUACUUGGGUGAUGUGUCAGCCAUGGCUGCAGACAUUUCUCACAAGUACCUCUGCUUCGACGCCUCCGAUGCCUCCAUCGCCUUGGAGACGCGAACUCCGCGGGUGCAGGAGAUCAUGGGUUUGUUCAAUUCCUCUUUCUCCAUUGAAACUCAUUUGGCGAAACUACGAAGUCAGUUGCGUCAAGAGGAGGCGGAGGAAGAGGCGGCUGCUGCUCUGCGGCGUCAACAGCAAACGGAGGAUGGUGAGGGAAUCAUUGACGGUGAGGCCGAGAAAAGCUUGACGGCGGAGGAAGUAGAGCGCGCUAAAACGGGCAUGCUCCGAGAAACGCUACUUCGUGAAGAGAGUGAAAGAGUAGCCGCUCAUCGCGCCACUGCUAUUGCUGCAGCACAGCAGAUGUCACAGCAAAUUCCCACCUCUGUCUAUCCGCUACUCUACCCCGUUCCCUCCACACCGCAAUAUCCCACAGGCUCCUCUCUCCCCAUGAAUCAUCAGCUUUCCACAUCCGCACCACUCUCUUCGAGUUCUUUUCCACUCGUCACCAUGUCUACAUCGCAUGCGCCGACGCCUCCGCCACUGCCACAUUCACCAUCGCCAGCUACAGUGGGAAUCAAAAAGGAGAUGGCACCACUGGUGCCCAGUGUCCAUUUCGAAACGGAGCCCCAUAUUUUGAAGCGUCCGCAUAGUCCGCCAACGGCUAAUUGCGCUUCACCGCCUCAGAAGCGACGGGCAAAUGACCUACCAAGGUCUGUACCGCCUCAUCGUGUUACCGCUUCUCCGGACACCAUUCCUCGUCCCGCAUCGGUGGGUCCGAUGUUGGAGACAACGUCUCAACCAAUUAAGAUCGAUUCGGUACUGGAUGCGCCCGUCUUGCAAAUACCUGAAGCCCUCUCCUCUACCCCUGCCACUGCUAUACCUCCUCCUACUCAGCAGGUUGAUCUCAAGCCCCCAGCCUCCCUGCUGAGCCCUCUGCAACCACCAUCGUCUCAAAAGCCUUUGCUGCCAUCACCAACAGCUGCAUCAAAGGCGGAGGUUGGGAUCGAUACGGAGGUGAGGCUGGUUUUCACGGGCGUGGACACGGAGACACGUCUGGCUAUUAUGCAGCUUCUGGCCCAGAUGCCCAAAAUCGGUAUCGCGCCCCAUCGCCUAGUGGAGAAUGUGAGCGAGGCCACCCAUGUCAUCACCGAGCGUCUUACUCGAACACCCAAAAUCUACAUGGCUGUCGCUUUGGGUUGCCCCAUCGUCACGGCAAAGUGGAUUCAGGCCUGUCUCGUUCGCGGUGACUGGCUGGCGGAAAUCGACUGGCUUAUUGAGGACGCCGAGGCAGAGGAGAACCUUGGCUUUCGACUGGCUAACUCCUUCCGCAUUGCACACGAGCGACGUCUUUUGGACGGACCGGGUCUGUUUGCAGAUCUGGAGUUCUGGUUUUCCCCAAUGGCGCAUCAUCGUGAAGUCUGCGAGCAGCUCGUGCGAGCCUGUGGCGGUCGAAUCCGCGAACGCCGUCCCACGCAGAAAAUGGCCCUCCUACCCAUCCCGCGGCAGGUUAUUAUUUGCCACGAGGAGGACUCUCACGUGGCCUCCUACCUCAUGCGCACUAAAACAGGCAACCGAGCGGUUCACCACGAAGAAUUCAUCUUGAGUGGGGUGCUACGCCAGGAGCUCGACUUUGAUUCUUAUCAAAUUCAAUUGGUGAGCAUACAGUUUGCCGAAUUGCAAGCAGCUAUCUCGGUGGCCAACAAUAACGCCCCAGUCCCCGUACGCAACGCCGUUGCUCGCAGUCAACCUGAGGUGGCGGUGGCGCCUCCUUCCCAAGCAGCUGUCUACAUGCGUCCUCCGCCUUCACCUCCGCCUGCACCAUCCUGCGUACUCCUUGUUUCAGGUGCGGAGAAUCAGCAGUCUUCGGUAAUGUACUACAUCUCAUCCGGCUCCACUAUUUCCUCAGCCCCUCGAGCCCUUGUAUCUGUCUCUGCCUCCUCUGCGGUUGGCAUGGCCGCGACUGCUGCUACCGCUGCUGCUGGUAUCACUGCGUCGACAGUGGGUCAGGAGGAGCCACUGACGCUUCAUCUACCCGAGGGUAUCUCAGCGGUGGUGGUGACUGGCGGUGAGCCCGGCGUCCAUGUUAGUGAUGAGGGCCUCAACGCAGCUCGCGUUGCUGCUGCUGACGCACACGUCGUCGCCUCAGCCACUGCCGCCCUCACCACGACUACCAAUAACCCUACGCUGAUCGCUGACAGCGGAGCCCUCGUCACUGCUGCUGUUGCCCUUGGUCGGAGUCAGGUGAAUUGCACUCCACAUCGCCUACCACAACAGCACCAAACGCCAACACCACAACCUCCCUCUUCGGAAAUGGUCAGUUCUUCCGUGGGGUUUCUCAUUAUUUCCCUUACAUUCCACUCCGUUACAGUUUCAUUCGUUAACUUGGAGUUCAGUUUUUAA